GGGACAACUCGUUACAUUUAUUUACAACAGGUGGCAUCUCACUGUCAUCUGCAUGCACGGCGAAUGCAAAAUGAGUGCAAUAAAUUUCGAAAUAAAAUUGAAACGGGAGAAUAAAGUUUAUUACGAAAAUGAUAUGCUUAUGGGCUGUGUACAGUUUCAAUGUCCUGCCGAGGCAAAACAUGAAGGCUUGGUGCUGUAUUUGGAAGGCAUCGUUAAUUUGCAGUUAAGCAGCAAAACCGUGGGUCUCUUUGAUACAUUUUAUAACUCCGUUAAGCCGAUUACUCUGCUGCAGAGCAGCUUGGAGCUUUCGGCUCCUGGGAAGCUGGCUGCAGGCCGUUCAGAGUUUCAUUUUGAGUUGCCACUUGUGUGUAAAUCGGAGCCCCGAGUGCUUUACGAGACUUAUCAUGGUGUUUUCAUUAACAUUAACUAUCAGCUACGAUGCGAUGUAAAGCGCAACUUCCUGGGAAAAUCUCUACAGAAGGUGCAGCAGUUCUGCAUUCAAUAUAAGCCAACGCCCCUAAGUGACGAGUCGUCACGUGCGAUUCCCUUUAGCUUGAGUCCAGAAACGCUGCAGAAGAACGCCGCUAGCCCAAAGGAACGUUUGUCGAUGCCCCGCUUCCUUAUCACUGGUCGGCUGGACUGCUCCGAGUGCUGUGUAACGAAGCCCAUCACAGGCACCUUGAUGGUGCAACAGACUGAGGCAGCUAUCAAGUCAAUAGAAAUGCAACUAGUACGUGUGGAGACCUGCGGAUGCGAUGAGGGCUUCUCCAAAGAAUCCACUGAAAUACAGACAAUCCAGAUUGCUGAUGGCAAUGUAAUGCCUAAACUGGAACUUCCCAUUUAUAUGGUGCUACCGCGUUUGUUCACUUGCCCCACGCUAAUUACAAAAAAUUUUAAAAUAGAGUUUGAGCUUAACUUGGUGGUUCUGUUCAAGGAGGAGUAUGUCGUAAGCGAGAAUUUCAAGAUAGUAUUAAAGCGAGCGUCAAGUCCACUGCAACAGACCAAGAAACCCGGAGCAGAUCGAAUAAGCUGACGAAUGUCUAGCGCCAUGCCGUUUAAUAAUCUCAGCUACUAAACGUUCAAACUUUCGUAGGAUAAUCUCUAAAGUGCGAACGUUGGUACUAAAAUGCUAUAGUCUCGGAAUUAAAAAGAAGAGCAUUAAUUCUAUACCUAUUGCGAACACAUUGAAGGGUUUCAAACAGAGCUCGAAUGUUGGAUGUUACAGUGUGAAAUAUUUCUUAAUCUUAACAAGACGCCAUCAAUCUAUCAUAAUAAAUAAAUAAAUGAUACUGCGGUAUGUACAA